AGCGACUAUCUUCAUCCGUCCAAAGCCUUAGGGCGAUGUCUCCUCUGUGGUAGAUAUUGGGUCUGGCAUUGGAGCAAUGACCAUUCCCCUGGCGAAAAUGUUCCCUCGUCUUGGGAUAACUAAUCAGGAUCUCCCGGAAAUUAUGGUGCAGGCUCACAACGCAUGGGAAAAGAAAGCUCCUGAGGCACUGCUCGAUGGGCGCGUGGCAUUCGUGGCCUUCAACUUCUUCGAGGAUUCACCUGGAUGUUUACUAUCUGCCGUUCAAAGUGGCAUUUGAUAUCAAAUUCAAUGCCUUUGGCUAGAUGAUUGUGUGCUCUUCCGCACAUUCCAAGAGCCUGGCGUAGGAGCCAGCGAGUUUACCAAGGCGCCCGAACCUGUGUUAUCGAACCCCUGGGGCAGGCACUGGUCACACUGCAUACUAACUUGAAGAUAUGCUCAUGUGGCUUCUUUUAAAUUCCAAGGAGCGAACGUUGGACAAGUUGAAGGUCAUUGGACAAUUUUCUUCCUAUUCCUUGAUACAUUGGUGAAGAUUGACUUGUUAUAAUUCACAGGGCCGCUGCUAGGUCUAGCACUCACCCAGGUGUAUGAUCUUGUAGGGACGAUGUUAAUGGAGUUCCGCAUUGCUUAGGACUGAUGCCUAGGACAAACAUGUGGUAUAUAUUCUGUCGUUACACACUUACCUUCCCAAUUGAUCGCGCCAUGAUUCAAUGAAG